UGCAAAGUUGUGUCUAAGGUUAUUAUUUUGGUGUUUCUGUUACCCAUAAAUGCAGUGUAUUGUGACUAUAGUACCUAUAUUAAGUUUACGCUGUUACCAUGAAGGUCGCGUGGAUAAUCUACACAUUUAUCGCCAUUUGUUAUGCAGCCAAAAUUGGAUCUAGUACAGAUUCUACUGAUGGCAAUAAAACACAUACAUUACCGAAAGGAAAAAGUGAAAUUUCGGUAACCAUAAAACAACAUGUAGCACAACCAUCCCAUAGUGCACCUAAAGAUCCAAAAAUCCAAAUACAAAAUGUACCAGUUGAAAAUAAGAAUAAUUUAACAACUACCAGACGUCCGCUUAUGAGAACCAGAAAGUAUACUUCUAAGCCUCAUGAAAUCCAUUACAUACAUUUUCGGGCUGAAGGUGAACAUAGUAACUACAGCAAAAGGAGGAAUUCAAAUGAGAAAAAACGAUUCAAACCUCAAAAUAAAAACAAGAAUACUCCAAAUACCUCUGAAGAAUUAAGCAGUGUUGAAGAUCGAUUUAUUAAUUUCACCGAUCUUGAUGAUAAUGGUGAAUCGGGAGAGCAGAAAAGAAAAGUUUCUACAAACAGACCUCUAAAAAGACGGCGAGGAUAUCUUCUAGCAACUGCAGCCUCGGAACAGUUCGAGAAUGUUGCACCUUACACUUUACUAAAUGCAGACAAAUAUCGAUCAAAAUCUAAAUCAGCAAUUCAAGAAUCUCUUCAAAAAAUUAAAACUAUUCGACCAGAAAUGAAAAGAAAAGUAAUAACAACCACAAAAACUCCAAGUAAAGUAAAUGAUACCAUUAAAAAUUCUGUAAUAAAAAAUACAGAAGAAAAUGCUGUGACAACUUCGGAAAACUUAGUUCAUGGUGUGAAUACAACAGAAAAAUCAGUCCCUUCUACAACUAUAGCAGAUAAAGUAAUGUAUUUACCACUAACAACUCAAAAAUCUCUAAAAAAAACGGAAAAUUCAGUUAAUUCAGCAACCAUAGCAGAUAAAGUGAUUUAUUUACCAAAAACAACAACAGAAAAAUUGAUUUUCUCCACUACAAGCAAAAAUAUACAUGGAUCUCAAAUUAAAAUAGAAAAUUUAACUUCUGCAAAUAAACCUGGGAAGUUAUAUGAUGCUCUAACUUCAACAGAAAAAUCAGGCAAUACUGCAACUACAUGGGAAAAUGUAGAAAGCCCGGUAACGAAAACAGAAAAUUCUAAAACUUUGCCUGUUACAACGGAGAAAACAGUUGAUUCAGUGAUUUCAAUAGAUAAUUUAAAUGAUUUGGCAACUAAAACAGAAAUAACAGAUCAUUCUACAAGUACAGCUUUAGAAAAACCUGGUGAUAGUGCAAUGACAAUUAAAACAUUCAAUGAGUCUGCAACAGAAACACAGAAAUCUGUUGAUUCUGCUAUUACAACAGAAAAAUCUGAGAACAAUUUUAUGAUUAUUACAGAAAAACCAAUUCUUCCUGCAAUUAAAAUAGAAAUUUCAGAUAAACCUGAAUCGGAAACCAUGAAAUCAAUGCCUCUCAUAAUUGUAACAGGGAAGUCUAUUCCUUUGUCUACCUUGGACAAUACAGUUGAGGCUAUUACCGACAGUGAAAUUGUUACUUUAGAGGAAAAACCUAAUCCUAAAUUCACAAAUGAACCCGAAGAAAAUGUCAUAACUGUAACACCAAUACCAAACGGACAAGAAUUAUUUACUACUGAGGACGUUAGAAACCAAUUAGCACUGAGACGUAAAAGACGUAUCAAUAUAAUAGAGGAAGAAAGUGCUGCAACAACAUCAACUGGGUCCAGAUUUAGCGAACGCGAAACGCAUUUAGAUGCUGACCUAACCUACAGGAAUAUUCACACAUAGCUUGUAUACUCAGCAGCAAUUAUUACCCUUAUGGAAUGUGGUUAAACAUUUUAAAAGAAAGGAAACGAGAUGCCUGAGCCCUAGAAGGCACGCGCAUCUGAGUUUUCAAUACUGAAAAUGCAUGUGACGUCAGCAGUAAGAUUCGGCCGAAUCGGAUAAAAUAAUGAUGAUUGAUGAUAUUAGGUAUUGGACUUCAACGGGAUCUUAAAAGCCUUAGUAUAACAUUUUACAUCCCACAUUGUUGAUAAAAUAUGAGUAUCAAAAUGUAAAAUGAACGUUAAGCCCUAAUUCACA